GUUAUCGAUUAGAAAUGGCGUCCUCACUGUCUUUCUUUUAAGAAAAAUUCGUGUAGUCUAUUUACCAUUUAGCAGCGUUGUGUGUGUCUGUCAAUUGUGAGGACACGCUGUUUCUUAAAGAGAACCGCCUGCCUAGAGUGUCCGGAAAGCGGAAACCAAGACGAUCGCAGGACGAGGUCGCAGAGCCGAGUGCAAAAACAACGGCCAGCAGGCAGCGACAUGAAAAUGCAUUUGUAGCCCUAGCCCACAACACUUGCACACACACUCUCGCGCACACUCAUACACAGCAAAAAGGAGGUGGAGCAGAAGCAGGAGAGGAUUGCAAAGGACACCGCUGCAGCAUCGCCAUCAUCUGCGCCAGGUGGAGCACGAGGGGCAAGAGGCGUCGGCGGGGGAGGAGCAGGAGGAGGAGGAGCGGCUGCGGCGACGACGACCACGACCACGGCAACAACAAAUGGCGCUGGUGACGGUGCAGCGCUCUCCCAGUGUGGCUGGCUCCUGCUCGAAUUCGGAUGGCGAGGCCGAGGACGACGAGGGCAAUAGCAAAGGAAACGAUCGCAGCGAGUGCUUCUUUGCGGGCAAGGGAACCGCCCUGGUCCUGGCUCUUAAGGAUAUCCCGCCCCUAACGCAAAGCGAGCGCCGCUUGAGCACCGACUCCACCCGCUCCAGUAACAGCACGCAAAGCAACAACUCGGACAUCCAGCUCCACCUGCAAUCAAUGUUUUACCUGCUGCAGCGCGAGGACACGCUGAAGAUGGCUGUCAAAUUGGAGUCACAGCGGUCCAACCGCACGCGCUAUCUGGUGAUUGCCUCGCGUAGUUGCUGCCGGAGCGGCACCAGCGACCGUCGGCGCCACCGGAUCAUGCGUCACCACUCGGUAAAAGUUGGUGGAUCCGCGGGAACAAAGUCGUCCUCUUCCCCGGCGGUCACCACGCAGCGCCAGCUGUCCGUUGAGCAGACCGCCACAGAGGCCAGCAGCAAAUGUGAUAAAUCAGCGGACAAGGAGAACGCAACGGCGGCAGGCGACAACAAGAAUACCUCGGGCAUGGAGGAGUCCUGCCUGCUGGGCAUAGACUGCAACGAGCGGACCACCAUUGGCCUGGUGGUGCCCAUCCUGGCGGACACCACAAUCCACCUGGAUGGCGACGGCGGAUUCAGCGUCAAGGUUUACGAAAAGACGCAUAUAUUCAAGCCGGUCUCAGUACAGGCCAUGUGGUCCGCGCUGCAGACGCUGCACAAAGUGUCGAAAAAGGCUCGUGAGAACAACUUCUAUGCCAGCGGACCCUCCCACGACUGGUUGUCCAGUUACGAGAGGCGAAUCGAGUCGGACCAAUCUUGUCUGAACGAGUGGAAUGCCAUGGACGCGCUCGAGAGCCGCCGACCACCUUCGCCUGAUGCCAUACGAAACAAACCCCCCGAAAAGGAGGAAACCGAAAGUGUCAUUAAGAUGAAGCUGAAGGCCAUUAUGAUGUCCGUGGACCUGGACGAGGUUACCUCCAAGUAUAUACGCGGACGCCUCGAGGAGAUACUGGACAUGGAUUUGGGCGAGUACAAGUCGUUUAUCGAUGCCGAAAUGCUCGUUAUUCUAGGCCAAAUGGAUGCCCCCACCAAGAUUUUCGAGCACGUCUAUCUAGGAUCAGAGUGGAACGCCAGCAACCUGGAGGAACUGCAGAAAAACGGUGUUCGCCACAUCCUGAACGUGACGCGGGAGAUCGACAACUUCUUUCCGGGCACCUUCGAGUAUUUUAACGUUCGCGUGUACGACGAUGAGAAGACGAACCUGCUGAAGUACUGGGACGAUACGUUCCGCUACAUUACGCGGGCGAAGGCCGAGGGAUCUAAGGUGCUGGUGCACUGCAAGAUGGGCGUAAGCCGAUCUGCCUCGGUUGUCAUCGCGUAUGCCAUGAAGGCCUACCAGUGGGAGUUCCAGCAAGCGCUGGAGCACGUAAAGAAGAGGCGCAGCUGUAUAAAACCCAACAAAAACUUCCUCAAUCAGCUGGAGACGUAUAGCGGGAUGUUAGACGCCAUGAAGAACAAGGAAAAGCUGCAGCGCAGCAAGAGCGAGACGAACUUAAAGAGCACAAAGGACGCGCGUCUAUUGCCUGGUAGCGAACCAACGCCCCUUAUCCAGGCGCUAAACCAGGCCAAGUCGAAGUCCACUGGUGAAGCGGGCGUUACACCCGAUGGCGAAGAGGAGGAUGGCUCACGCAUCCACCGGCGAUCCAUCGCCCAGAAGUCACAGCGACGCAUGGUUAGGCGCUCCAGCAGCACAUCGCCCAAAACCCAGACGGCCGUGGUUACCAAACAGCAAAGCCAGUCUAUGGAGAACCUUACGCCGGAACGUAGCGUGGCUGAGGAGCCAAAAAACAUGCGUUUCCCAGGCAGCAACGGUGAGAACUACAGCGUCACCCAGAACCAGGUGCUGCACAUCCAGAAACACACGCCUCUGUCUGUGCGCACCCGGAUUCACGAUCUCGAGGCGCACCGGGCGGACCAGCUGCCACAGCAACCUGUUUGGACCUCGCUAACAAAACUUACACAGACCUCUCACCUGGGAAAAAGUAGCAGUGGCAGCAGCAGUGGAAACAUCGACUCGCGGCGUGAUUCUAGCUGUUCGGAUGUAUUCUCCUCGCAGGUGGACAGUGUUUUUGCCAAGGAUGAAGGGGAGAAGCGUCAGCGCCGCAAAACGCACUCGUGGACGGAGUCGUUUGGACCAAGUGGCGGCAUCGUGCUGGACCCCACGCCACAGCAACAGAAGCAGCAGUCAAGCGCCAUUCUGCGUCCGCGAGGCACACGUCAGCGGGAGCUACCUUCGCGGCACGCAAGUUGGGGAUCGGGAGACAAUCGAUGCUGUCUGCCACAGAGGACCAGUUCCGGCUCCUACUAUGACUCCAAUCGUAACACUACGGCCAUCUUCGAGGGCGUUAUCCAAGACCUUAAGCGCAGUUCCAAUUGCAAUGUAAUCGAUGGAGUCGCCGUGGCAGUGGAACCCAUAGUUGGAGUUGGCGAGGGCACUGUAAAGCGCACCAAGCAGAAGCUGGAAGAGAGCACUUCGCUGAAGAAGCGCUGCCAGGAAGAAAGCCAGGAGCUGCUACUUGAUUCGGUGGAUACUGGACAGAAGAGAUGCCCAAGCCUCUAUAGGAGCGCCUCAUCGGCGCACAGUCCGCGUCAGCGCCAGCCGCUACGCUGCAAUAGUGAGGAGCUGAUGCACACCAGCGACAUCGAGAACAAGAACACUACGCCAGGCGACCAGGAGGCGACGGUAGUGUUGCGCGUCCAGGGUCAAACGCUGGCCGAGGAUCAGCGCAUCUCGGGCAAUGUGCAAAUACUCAAGCAAAAUUUCGAAGCCAAAGCGGGGGUGGUGGGCACAGGAGGAGGAGGAGGAGGCGGUGGCACGGCACCGGGAUCGGGCAAUACUUCAACAACCGCAACGUCAGGAUCUACAGUGGCUGGAGUAAUCUCACCGAAUCCCGGCAAGAAGACGACCAGCCAUCAAUCACUGCCAUCGUCGCCGGUGGCGCAGCAUGCCAAUCACGUGUCAGCCGCCUCGAACUCCAACUCCUCCGCCUCCAACUCGUCCGAUUCCAGCGUAAGCGAAAAUUGUGAUCGUAAUGUAAAAGGUCUAGUGCAUAAAUAUCAAACCACUACUUCCUGCAGUAGCCAGGCGGCCGCCACGCCCACAGUCGCCUGUGCCCCACUGCCACCCGCCGGAACCGCCACCAACAUUAGCCACGCCUGCAGCACCACAACCACCACUAGCUUCAAGCUACGCCCGCUCUCCUACUACGACCGCUCGCUGUCCAACAGAUCCACGCAUGACUACAGCGACAGUCGACCGCCACCCGCCCCUGUCCGCGUCAGUCACAGCAGCAACGUUCAGCACCAGCAGCAGCAGCAACAACAGCAACCGGAGCAGCAGCAGGUGCAGAUCCGGCGGUUGGCGCAGCACGGGAAGACGCAUCCGCUGAGCAGGCUAAGUGCUCCGAAAACAGGCUUCAACACCGCCGCCUACAACACCAUGUAAAGGCCAUGCUCUGCUUAACAACAUGCUAACUGCAAACUGCAACCUGCAACAUUCACAUACCACUUGCAACUUGCAAUCCAUACCCUGUAGCCACUAAGGAUCGUCCUCAUCCUCUCGCCCGCUUUACUUAUUUAUAUAUUUGCCCGCUUACGACCAUUUUGUGUUUUUUGUCCAACAAUCGAACACCACCACCCUUCCAUCCCCUCAUGCCUUGUGUUUGUUGUCUUGUUGUGUAAGGCGUCCAUGAAAGCCUCUAAAGAACUUGUGUCUGCAACGUGUGAAUGGAACUAUUAAGAUGACAAGAGAGGGCAAACAAAACAACCUAUGGAAAUGAAACUGUAUUUGUACUUUUAAAUUACUUGUAACUGUAUACAUAUUUAUUUUAUAUUAUGCAAGAACUGCCUACGAAUAAACGAUUUAUUGUAUAUA